AUAUGGCUCCCCAACAAUUAUUUAUUUGCAAGUAGAAUGGAAAAAUGAUGAGAUAAUAGAGAUAUUUACAAAAAAAUGUCUUAUAUGGAAGCCUCGUUGAGGCCCCAGCCUCGUUUAGACAUCAAGUGGCUGAAGACAAAUCUAGAAACCCUCUUCCAUAACCAAGACACAUUGAUCAACACUUGGAACAACCUUAUCACAGAUGGUGAAUUGACUGGAUAUUUCUCUGUGGGUCUUUUGAAUAGUGCUGGAGUUACAGCAAAACAAGGAGAGUUUGGAAAAUAUUAUUGUGGACAAAGGGUAUUGACAUGUACUUGUUGUGAUGGGAUUUGUGGUCCUCACAGUGGCUGUAAUUGCCAACCAUGUCAGAAACUAGAUGCAGAAGAACCCACACAAAAUGCACCUAAAGAGUCAGUACCUAGUAUGGAUGCCUUAUUAGAGAAGUGGGCAUGGGAACCACAACCAAAUUCAGAGCAACUAUCCCAAGGCAUCUUCAGUCUAAAUCAUGAAGUGAAACAGCUUUGUUGUGAGGCAGCAAAUUCAACAUUGUCAUUAACCCGUUUACAUUACCGUUUGACAAUUUUGAAGCGUUAUUUCAUUGCACUAAAUAGAAUACCGUCUACAAUACACUAUGAACAUAGUUUGGGGUCUAAGAACACUGCUGUGGAAGGAAAGGCACUGGUAAAACCACAGACAAUGAAUCAACCCCUUGAUCCCACUGCUGGUCUAGCGAGGGUUGGUUCAAGAGCAGCUCUCAAUUUUUCUUUUGCAUUUUUGCGACGUGCUUGGAGAAUGGGCGAAGACGUUGACUUAUGCAACGAGUUGCUAAACGAAUCUUUGGAUGCGAUGCGAAUGUUACCACCAGCCACACUUUUCGAAAAAAAUGACGUCUCACCCGUGUGGCUUGAAGUUGUUGAGAGAUCCUCAAAAUUCUUGAGACAGGUUGUUAAUGGUGAUGUGACAAGUGGUAGACAGUACUGCAAUGUGCCCAUUGAGGACCAACACACAUCAUUGAAUCUGUUAUUAGAGUUUGGAUUACAGAAGGGAACAUUGAGUAGUACUUUGGAUAUGGUCCUACUACUUUUGUCAUUGUGGGACAAAAGAACGCAUAUCAAUGAUAACAGAUCACCGAUGGAAGAUGCCAGUGCACCACUUCUGCCUUUUAUAAGUCGUUUUGCCGGAAUAGCACCAGAAAAAUCAAUUAACUCAAAUAAAAGUGAAAAUGACGAUCGUGCUUGCAGUACAAAAGUAUUCUUGGAUCUGCUUGAGCUGCCAGAAGAUAACACCUAUGAAGUUGAUCUCAGACAAGCUGCUGUUUGUAUAAUGGCUCACUUAGAUAGACUUGCUAGUCCCCACAUUCCACCACUAUCUUUCAAUAAGUCAUCACAAUUUUACAAUGGCCAGAGAGUGUUCGGUUGGGGAUGGUUUUACAGAUUAGUUGGUAAUGGCCCCCAGAAUUGUGAAGCUCUAUCAGAACUGACAGUUAAGCAAAUUCGAUGUUCAGAAAGAGGCAUCUUGAUUCUAACAUGUGCUGGAAAGGUCUAUUACAUGUACUAUACUUCAGAAACGCAGUGUCCUCAAAUUAUCGAAGCUUUGAGAGAUAAGGAAGUAGUAAAGAUAGCAGCAUAUACUGAAGGAAAACACUUCAUGGCCUUGACUGCAGACCAUGAAGUAUAUUCUUGGGGUAAUGGAGAUGGCGGAAGACUUGGUCAUGGAGAUACAUCUUUCAAAGACGAACCCACGCUAAUACAGGCUUUAGAAGCGAAGGAUAUUGUUGAUAUUGAGUGUGGAGCUACGUACAGUGCUGCCAUAUCAGCAAAUGGUCACUUGUAUACUUGGGGUAGAGGUAACUACGGAAGACUGGGGCACGGCACUUUCGACGACUGUCUAGUGCCUACUGUUGUGGCUGCUCUGACUGGACAGCAUAUUGUGAAGGUAGCUUGUGGAUCUGGUGACGCACAUACCUUAUGCGUCAACGCUAGCGGAAAAGUAUACAGCUGGGGCGAUGGAGACUAUGGAAAACUUGGUAGGGGCGGAUCUGAGGGUUCAAAAGUUCCAAGACUGAUAGAGAAGUUACAAAAUGUCGAAAUUAAAGAAGUUUACUGUGGUGUCCAAUUCACUGUUGCCAUUAGUAAAGAGGGCAAAUUAUAUUCAUGGGGAAAGGGAGAAGGUUGGAGGUUAGGACACCCCACGGAAGAACACGUAAGGGUACCUGAAAUAGUUGAAGCAUUGCAAGACAAAAAUGUGGUAUCUGUGUGCCUUGGUACUGCCCAUGUACUGGCACUGACUGACACUGGAGAGGUAUAUGGUUGGGGUAAAAAUGAAAACAGACAAAUUUGUGACAGUACCGAACUGUAUAUUCACACACCAAGACUGAUUGAGCCUUUGAAUGGUCAAAAAAUUAUUGGAAUCUCAUGCGGACCCACUCAGAGCUUUGCAUGGACCGACAUUAAUUCCUUCAAGCCAAAGACGUCCUUGCCUUUUGUUAUUGAUCUCAACGAACAUACUUUUAGGUAUAUUGACCAACUUUUACAAUCGGUAAUAGCAAAUAAUACUCCUUCCACCCAAGAUACGGAAUGCUUAGCAGUAGCUGCUUUGAACUUGUUGCAACUUCAGCUACAUAGUAUCGUAGCUAACCAAAUGGAUCCAAGUAAAAUAGGCCUUCCUCCUUCAAGUAAGCUUUUAGCCAAUUUAAAAGUACAGACUGUCCACCUUGCCAGUGCCUCCAACGUAUUACCUAUGGUCCAAGCGGCAGCUCAAGCAGUUCUGCAAACUGGUUGGUCAGUUUUACUACCAACAGCCAAUGGUAGAGCUGGAGCACUAUCGUCAUUGUUGAUGAAUGCUGAUCUGGAACCCAAAAUGUGCCAUUCUGGGGACAGAUUCAUGAUAGAUCUUCUAGUAUGGAGCCUAAUGGCAGAUGGUGGACUAGAAACUGCUUUGAACGAAGCCCUAGUUGCAGAUAUCUCGGAAUUAGCUAAUGCUGAUAUAAACUAUGAGCAAUCUUCUUCACAUGUGUCUAUUCCUCUUUUAUACCUUAUUAGACAACUUAUGCGCAACAGCAGCACAGUAGCUUUGAAGCAACUGAACUCGAUGAGCAAAUCAUCGCAAAAAUCGUCACCAUCACCAAGCUUGGAGCUGUUGCAACGUUUUCAACGUUUACUAAUUGGAAAGAUUUACUCUGAAAGUAACGACUCUCGAGAUGCAGCAGAAACUUUGCUGGCGAAGUAUUUGAUGUAUUUUACCUACCAUGCAACCGUCAUCUUGGAUUCGGCGUAUGAUGUGGCGCUGCAAGGAUCUCGACAUUUUUAUUGGGUUUUACAAGUUCUGAGGAAGGAUGUUAUAGGUAUUCUUCUGCCGGAACUGAUCGUUAGCCUCAUCUUGCUGGAAAGAGAUCUCCCCAAUUUUUUGACUAUAAUGAAUUGGUUGGCUGUGUUCAAUGAUCUCCUAAGGUCUAUCGACAAGCUAUGCCGACUGAUGCCUGAUAUCGAAGCAUUGGAUGCUGAUGAUACAGCGUGGCCAGGAGUGACGCAGGUGCGACCUUCAAAUGGAACGCAGAAAUCUCACGACGAUCUGCCAUUAAUAAGAAAAGCAGACUUGGAAAAUCAUAAUUUGGACGGGGGAAAGUGGGUGGUCAUCAAUGGAAAGGUGUAUGAUAUCCAGGACUUUAGAUGCGACAACCCGGCAGUCACCGAACACCUGCAAAAGUUACACAGCGGCGCCGGCGAUAAGGAACCAUUCAACCCUCACUUACUUGCUCUGAUGAACAACUACCUAGUGGGCAGCUUUUGCCAAUGGGAGGACGCCUCGGUGGCGAUGGCAGCGACGACUGUUUCCGCGAGCGGUGACGCCAUCUGUCAUGCGGAUGCCGAACCGUUGCAGAUGUGUACGGUGCUGUUGGAUGCGGAGAGGAACCUCGGCUACUUGCUGGGCCUGCAUGCGUUCCAUCUGAGACAGAGCGUGGGCGCUACCGUAGAAGAGGUGGAGGCGGGCAGAUGGCUAGAAGCUGGAUUCUUACGAGGUGGGCCACACGCGGAUCAACCCCCCAGUCCUUACGAAGAAGAAAAAGGAGAUGGUGGAAGAAGCACCAAUUCUACGGCCGAAAAUACUCCAACUGAACCAAGAGCAAAUGUUUCUCAAAGAUCGAUCACAUCUUGUCAAGAACCGAUAGAAAGGGUGAACGCGUUUAUCAGUGCACUCGCUGAGAGUAGAUUAUCUGAUCCUUAUGUGAUUGCUUUCCUUGCCAUAGUUGAACAGUAUUCUAAAGCGAAUAACUUCUUAACCAGAGUUGAUUUUUCUUUUGAACACCCCAUUGAAGAAAUUGGGAGAGUACUUUAUGCUGUCCUAUUGAAACAUUUGGGGCUCGGAUACGUCCUUUUACCAGUAUUAGAAUCAUACGCUACGCAACCCAACGUAAAAAUACCGAAAUCUGUCGCUGAAGUGAUAAAAAAUGUCCACCAAGCAAAAUGGAAACUAAUCAAAACACGACAAGAAGUAAACAAAAGUUACAAGGAACUUUGCAUACCUCUAUUGGAAAAAUGCAGAUUUUUGCUGUACGAAGUGAAACCAGCGAUCAGCUUAGAAACUGAAGCGUUUAAAAAAGUAAACGUUCUCUAUAGAGAGCCUAGAGUGCGUACACUAGUAAGAAAAGUGAUCAAAGACCUGAAAUGUGGCAGGCAUACAUCCGAGAUACAAAAACCUGAAGAUAUCGUGAAUGCUACUAUACAGUCACAAAGCGCUGAAAGGCAAAAGUCGAAUGAAGACAUCAGUAGAGGCGUCAAAAAAGUUAGUUCCGACGGUAAAAUAGCUGACUCGAAAAGUGACACCGACGACGUUAACAAUGAAAUAAAGAACGGAGGACAAAAAGUCACAGUCGAUAUUAAGCCGAAGACCUGUGUAGAACUUUGCGAGGAUUUAAAUGAAAAGCUUGACGUGGAAAAAUCUGACAAUGCGACUAUUCAACAAGACAAAGAGAAGAAAAUCGAAAAUGAAAUGAUGUUGACGAGAAUCCUGACCAAACUUGCUGAGAAAAAAAUGAAGAAAGUCGGUGCUGAGAACAUAGAGAUGAUGCACUCAAUCUUAGAGUUCAUAUUAUACUCAACAUGUGAUGUUGAGUUUCUUAGAAAGAUCAUGUACAUUCAGGUGGAACGAUGCAGGAUACGCAAAGAAGGACUGAAGUUGAUAUCCAGUUUGCUUAAUCAGAAUAAUCUGUUGACGUCCACAAGAUAUUCUAUAAUCAACGGGUAUUUAGGUUUUGCGAAACAAAACGAAUACGCGUGCCAUUGCUUGGAUAGCAUAGAUUUGGUCACUCCGUAUUUAAAAACUGACAUACUUUUGCUGCAACUCAAUGUUACUGAAUGGUGCAUUGAAACGUUGAGAAACUACAUUCUGAAAGACGCGCCCAGCAAGCCGCUUAAGUCAAAGGGAACUAAUAACAAGGUCAGCUUGAAUUUAGGUACUUAUACGUUGUUGCGCGAUGUGACAAGAGCAAGGAUGUUAUUAGCAAUACUAGGAGUGCUUGCUUCAAAUCACUAUAAUGCAUCUGAGUUGAACCCGUUAGUAAGUAGCGGAGUGAUUAGCUCGGUUUUGGCACUAUUAAAGCAAGCUGGAAGUGACCAGAGCAUUGUAAGGAAAGUGUCAGAAUUUUACGUACUGUACGCGGAUAUGAUAGAGAACAACAAGCCAAAGACCAAUUAUUUGAGUGGUCCAGAACUUGCCAGUCUUUUGAAGUUGGGAACUAGAGUGGUGAGAGGAGCUGACUGGAAAUGGGGAGAUCAGGAUGGGAACCUGCCUGGAGAAGGUAGAGUUAUUGGAGAACUUGGUGAUGAUGGAUGGGUUCGUGUAGAAUGGGCAAACGGAACUACCAAUAGCUACAGAAUGGGAAUUGAAGGAAAAUAUGACCUCACUCUUGCAUCUCCACCAUCUCCUGUAUCUUCAGAUUCUGAAACUGAGGAGCCCAAUGAACAUGCCUCCCAUCACCUGGUGAAAGACAACCAGUUGAUCCGUCUGCUCCGCGACGCGAGCAUCAACUUCCUGCGCAACAUGUCGGUCAGCGCCGAUCUAGCCAAAGACCCCCUACACCCCAACACUCUCCAUGGUUUAGGCAGCCUGUUUUGCGCGGCCCUCACUGGCGGCGCUGGGGCCGAAUGGGCUAACCUGACGUUGGCGCGAGCCAUCUGUCGCACCAGGCAGAUGUGCCGGGCAUUCAGCACCAAGCCUUGGAUACGUAUGCUGCUGGGGUUCUUGCAACCGCCUGCUGGGAAUGCGGGGAGCAAUGAGAUCGAUCUGCCUAAGCAGAUCUUAACAAUACGUUUACUGCAAACAGUCCUCCAGUCCUGGGAUAUGGACAAUCCAGAUAUACCACCACUCCUUGAGAAGCUUCUUAACAUCCUCGGAAAAAUCAUCCUGACAUGCUCCUAUGACACUGGCAACAAACGAGCGGCAACGAGCAAAUCAUUGGUACUUCUAACACAAUCGCAUAGCAGUACCAUAGCUCAGGAAAUCAUAAACCUGCUUAGGACCUUGCACAAUCUACUUGGUUGGAAUCAGGUACUAAACGCCAUCUUGGUGCAAAAACUGAACACAGAAGCAUACUACUUGAGCGACGCCUAUAUGAGUUCAUCAUUCAAUGAUGUCACUUCCGAUCAACAGCAGUACAUGGUAGUAGCAUGCUUAAAUGUGAUCGGUGCAUGGGAUAUCAGACCAAGAAUAGGCGCCAUAGCGGAAACAGACAAUGUUCAAGGGACUGUGGUCAGAGUGACACCCAAAGGAAAACUAUGUGCUCAACUGCAUGGGACUGGAGAGAUCAAGAAAAUUCCUAUAGGCAACCUUAAAUUAUUGGACAACAUGGAGUUUAACUUUGAUAAAAUGGUGUUAAACGAGAAUUUUGUGAAGACUUGGGCUAGUCUGUUGAUGAUCAGGCAGACCUUAGGGGCAUAUGAUAGGAAAAGUUACAAUGGUCAAGUCAACUUAUCUCAGUUACGAACCCAGCAACACAUAUUGUAUUCUCUAAAUGCCUCAAGAGUAUUACAUACAAACCAGCAUAGACUGCGUAAGGUACUCAGGCACCCAGUGACAGGAAUGGAUCAAUCUCAAGAGCAGCAAUCGAUUGAGGAGGAACUGAAUCAACAACCAGUGUUGUUGGUUCAAAAAUUACUAGCCAGGGCUACUCAACCCAGUCCAUUGAGGCCUGGCUUCGAUUUGCAGCAGAUGCAGCUAGCUGCUCUCAAUUUGAGCCAAUAUUUGGCCGCCCAGGGAAGCUUUGAGCCGCAGAGUAAUAUCAGUAAUGAGAAGGCGUUACCGAAGAGUGAAGCAAGGUGUAAUAGCGAAAUAGCUACUCCAAACAGUGAAUGCUCGAUAAAAAGUGUUGUCAGUGAGAAAACAAAUAAACGGAGGGAGCUGGAAGAUGAAACGCCUAUGCAUCCUAUGGUGAGCCAGAUUGUUGAAAUGGGAUUCACAAAGAAGGCUGUUGAAAUUGCCAUCAAAUCUCUAGCAAUUGGCGCAGAUAGCCUCACAACCCCAGAAUCAGUUGUUUCAUGGCUGUUAGAACAUCCAGAAGUAGCUGCUGAAGGAGAUGCAGAUUCUGUCAGUUCAGUGUAUGACUCUGAUACCGAAUCUGCGUCGUACGAUGGUGCCCACGGUGCUGUAGCUUUUGAAGAUAGACCUCAGACUUACUGUAGAAGAUCUCAGUUUCUAUCGAAUGACGAAUACGCGAUGUACGUGAGGGAUAAUGUUGAAGUUGGAAUGCUGGUUAGGUGUUGCAAAAGUUACGAGGAGGUACAGUUAGGAGAUGUAGGAAAAGUUGUGAAAAUUGAUAGAGAGGGUUUGCAUGAUCUUAAUCUUCAGGUAAAUUGGCAACAUAAAGUAAGCACUUACUGGGUAAGAUUUAUCCAUGUAGAGCUUCUUGGCUUCCCACCAUCUUUACCGACACCAUCAACGAUUAAAAUUGGAGAUAAGGUGCGAGUGAAACCUAACGUUAUAACACCAAGAUAUAAAUGGGGUUAUGUAACACAUGAUAGUGUUGGGGUGGUCACAGCAAUAUCUCCUAACGGUCAUGAUUUGACAGUAAACUUCCCAAAACAGCAGAAUUGGACAGGGUUGAUAUCUGAAAUGGAAAUAGUGCCGUUUUGUCAUGAAGGCGUUUCAUGCAAUGGUUGCUGCGUCAUGCCAAUCAGAGGACCUCGAUUUAAAUGCAAGACAUGUGAUAAUUUUGAUUUAUGUGAUAAUUGCUUUUACACUAAGAGAAACCAUAGACAUUCAUUUUCAAGAAUUGACGAACCAGGUGCACCUGAAGUAUAUGCAGGAAAAGCCGGUAGAUACUACAGACAAGAUACAGUUGAUAGUGAUGGAGAGGUAUUGACAGAAUGGGGAAGGAUAGUCAAAAAUAUAGCUGUUUCUUCAAAGUAUGCAGUAAGAUUCGAAAUACCUUGUUAUGUGUGGCAGAGUUGCGGUACACAAGGAAAGCACUGGAUAAGGCUGGAAAUAUAUCCGGAUGUUAUAAUAAAAUCUUUGAAAAUCGGGGUAGAUCCGGCGGAUAAUAGCUACAUGCCAUCUGUAAUAGUUGUGAAUGGAGGACCGUCGUUUAAUUCAUUGACAGAACUCAACGUAAUCAAUGUGAAAAGUCACGAUACUUCUGUGCAACUCAUUUCCAAUUUAGACAAGUAUUAUCCUGUAAUAGAAAUAAAUAUAAUAAAGUGCAAGAACAACGGAAUCGACUGCAAAAUUCAUGGUAUGUCGAUCGUUGGUAAAAAGAAGCAGUCGUAUGGUGAGCUCAAGACGUCCGUAUCUUUUCUUGCCAAUGACUGGGAUUUGAGUCAAGAGGCUACAUCUGGACCUUCCAUGAUAUCGAUGAGUCAAGAUGUUGGUGAUUAUCCUACCACAACGUCAAAUGGAUGUAAAGUGUAUGUUUGGGGUCUGAAUGAUAAGGAUCAAUUAGGUGGUAUGAAAGGUUCUAAAGUCAAAUUACCAGUUUUUUCUGAAACCCUAAGUCAGCUAAGACCCAUACAUAUUGCUGGAGGUUCCAAGUCGUUGUUUAUCGUCUCUCAGGAGGGCAAGUUGUAUGCUUGCGGUGAAGGAACAAAUGGCCGUUUAGGCUUAGGACAUAAUAAUAAUGUCCAAAGUCCAAGGCCGAUACCAUUUUUGAGCCAGUACGUGAUCAAGAAGGUAGCCGUGCAUUCGGGCGGGAAACAUGCUAUGGCCCUAACGUUAGAUGGAAAGGUAUUUUCAUGGGGAGAAGGCGAAGAUGGAAAGUUGGGCCAUGGAAAUCGGUUGAAUUUGGAUAAACCAAAGAUGAUAGAAACGCUGAAAAGUAAGAAGAUCAGAGACAUUGCAUGCGGUAGUUCACAUUCAGCAGCUAUAACUAGCAGUGGAGAACUAUUCACAUGGGGCCUAGGUGAAUAUGGAAGGUUAGGUCAUGGAGACAAUGUAACUCAAUUGAAACCUAAGUUGGUGAAGUCAUUAUUGGGUAAGCGCGUGAUCCAAGUAGCUUGCGGUUCUCGAGAUGCCCAGACAUUGGCGCUGACGGAUGAUGGUCAAGUCUUCUCUUGGGGUGACGGCGAUUUCGGAAAACUUGGCCGAGGCGGUAGCGAUGGCUGUGACGUGCCGCGUUGUGUCGAACGGCUCACUUCACUAGGUGUUGUGCAAGUGGAAUGCGGAGCGCAAUUUUCGCUAGCCCUCAACAGAGCUGGUGAAGUGUGGACGUGGGGCAAAGGAGAUUAUUUUAGACUGGGUCAUGGUUCAGAUCAACAUGUUCGAAAACCAACCUUGGUCGAGGCGCUCAGAGACAAAAAAGUGAUACAUGUAGCUGUGGGAGCAUUGCAUUGCUUAGCUGUUACUGAAAGUGGACAAGUAUAUGCAUGGGGCGAUAAUGACCAUGGGCAGCAAGGUAAUGGAUCAACUGUGGUAAAUCGAAAACCGGCCUUAGUCCACGGAUUGGAAGAUGUUCAUAUCAACAGAGUGGCAUGUGGUAGUUCACAUUCCAUAGCGUGGACGUUACAGGACAUUCAGACCGUAUCUAAAGUAGAACCUGUGAUAUUUCCUGUUGCUAAAGACCCGCUUGGAUCCUCGAUACUAGGACUUUAUGAUAGUGAAAAGCCCCAGAAGACUCCAGCAAAUAAAAAUGCCCCAACAUUAAGCAGUAUUGUUAUGUCUCUAGAGAGCAACACAGCUAAACAACAAGCUUUGCAUCAUAUUUUAAACGCUAUGCAUAUUCAUCAGUUGAGGCAAGCUAUCGUGAAAGCUUUAUCAAGUCAUACUAAUGUGAAAAAUGCUGGUUCUAAGAAUGGUGGAUCAGACACACCAAUGGAACGUUCACUAGUGAAUGUCACUUUGACGAAAGAUGGAGAGAUUGCGUUUGGAGGUGGAGAAGCUCCUGUUUCUAUGGCAGAAGUAGCAGCAUUAAAUAGUCCCGACUCUCCCUCAACCGAACUACCCCCACCAGUCCAACAACCGCCCCCACCAAGUGCCGCCUCCGCCGUUGCAACCAUGGCCCAGUCGAUGACGGCAAGCAGCUGUUCAGCGAGCCUGUCUUCCCGCCAUUCGCGCGUCUCCACCACGGGCGCAAUGUCUGCGAUUGCAGCGACACUUACUUCUAACGCCGAAGUGGUAGGGGACGGCGCCACCUCCAUGCCGCCUCCGGAUGACUUUGCGGUUUUGCUGGGAGAGAAUGAUGCUCGGUUGUUGGUGGAUCUGCUAAAGCUGGCCUGCGCUGAUAGGGUCGAGGAUGAAGAGGCUAGGGGGAUACUGUCGAACGUGCUGAUAACUAUGGGAAGUUCGAAUUCAGCAAUAGGUGCCAUGUUACUGGAAAUAUGUGUCACUGAAUUGGAAGAUACAGCAAAUAGUACCCAGACGAUGAUUACUACACCUCACCCCAUCGUACAAGAGUCCAGCCACCCUUAUGUGGAUGACGUCACUCUAAAGGGUGAGAUAUUUUGGCAAAUAUUUCAUAGGUAACUUAGAGCAAACGGAAAAACGACUUGAUCUGCUGUCAGGUGGGAUGGAGGCUUUUCACUCGAGGCAGUACAGUUCUGCUAUGUGACGUCACGUUCGCCUUCCUGGUGCUGAUGCGCUGCGCGUAGAAUUUGACAGGCGCUGCUCAACAGAACGUCGUCAUGAUCCCUUACAGAUCAUGGAUGGAAGCGGUAGAAUCAUAGCAACGCGUUCUGGGCGAGAAUGGAGCGAUUGGUCUUCGGAGCUUCGAGUGCCAGGCGAUGAACUCCGAUGGACAUUCACCUCGGACAGCUCAGUGAACGGUUGGGGUUGGCGCUUCACAGUGUAUCCUGUAGCAUCCGCCAGAGGCGCUGGUGCGUGCGGUACCGCUGCGGGCAGCGAUCGUCGAGUACUCAGCCAGCCUUCCAUGGAGAUGGUGAUGUGCCUGCUGGAUAAGCGGUUGUACGCGGCGGCCGACAGACCGUUGAUGGCUAGACUGGCUGCUGCGCUAGCGCAGUGUUCACAGCUCAGCUUUUUGUCCGCAAGUCAACGAAUGUGGGCUCUUCAAAGACUCCAUUGCCUACUGGUUGGGGAAGAUGCCAAAGCAGAUGCUGUUGCUUCUCAACUACAGGAGCUUAAAGCUCCAGACAGUGCUUUGGGAUCACUCCUUGAAGAACUACCACAAGCCCUGCUUCGACAGUAUGAAUACGAAGAUGGUUCUGUUAGAGCUGGUUUGCAUCUGAUGCAUUCAGACUUCUUCAAGGUUUUAGUAGCAUUGGCGUGCGAUCUCGAACUAGACAAGCUACCUACAUUAUGUGACAGCCACAAGUGGUCGUGGUUCAGGAGAUACUGCCACGCAUCUAGGGUAGCUAAAGCCUUGGUACACCGAACUCCGCUGCCUAUGUCGUUCUGCAUGGAAGUACGCAAAAAGUUGAACGCAGGAGAACAGUAUCAUGACGACGACGAUGAAUAUUUUGAACAUGAAAGGCAUACGAUCUUCAGAAAAGAACACGAUGAGCAAUUGCUGAUUUGGCUGAACAGGCGCCCUGAAGACUGGACUUUAUCAUGGGCUGGUUCGGGUACUAUUUAUGGUUGGGGUCACAAUCAUAGAGGACAGUUGGGAGGUGUGGAGGGCGCUAAAGUGAAAACUCCGACUGCUUGCGAAGCCCUGUCGACACUCAGGCCUGUCCAACUUGCUGGUGGCGAACAGACGCUCUUCGCUGUUACUGCUGAUGGAAAGGUGUAUGCCACAGGUUAUGGAGCAGGAGGAAGAUUGGGCAUAGGCGGUACAGAUUCUGUGUUAGUUCCAACUCUACUGGAAUCCAUCCAGCAGGUGUUUAUCAAAAAAGUAGCUGUAAACUCUGGCGGAAAACAUUGCCUGGCCUUAUCAUCUGACAGUGACGUUUAUUCUUGGGGUGAAGGAGAUGAUGGCAAGUUGGGUCAUGGCAACAGACAAUCAUAUGAAACGCCAAAAUUGAUAGAGGCUCUUCAAGGAUAUGAGAUCGUAGAUAUCGCGUGUGGAGGUGCUCAUUCUGCAGCAAUAACUGCCUCUGGAGAUUUGUACACGUGGGGUAAAGGUAGAUACGGUCGGCUAGGACAUGGAGAUAGUGAAGAUCAGCUAAAACCAAAACUGGUGGAAGCGUUACUAGGCUACAAAGUAAUAGACGUGGCUUGUGGCUCCGGCGAUGCUCAAACAUUGUGUAUCACAGAUGAUGACAACGUGUGGUCUUGGGGCGAUGGAGAUUACGGCAAGUUGGGCAGAGGUGGAUCUGAUGGCUGUAAAAUACCGAUGAAGAUCGAAACGCUUGCGGGUCUUGGAGUGAUUAAAGUAGAAUGUGGAUCGCAAUUCAGCGUUGCGCUUACGCGGUCCGGCAGUGUCUAUACCUGGGGUAAAGGUGACUAUCACCGCCUAGGUCACGGUUCAGGUGAUCAUGUACGUAGACCUAAAAAAGUUGCAGCUUUACAAGGCAAGAAGAUUGUUAGCAUAGCCACCGGUUCUCUACACUGCGUCGCAUGCUCGGACGAAGGUGAAGUAUUCACGUGGGGAGAUAAUGAUGAAGGUCAACUAGGAGAUGGUACAACAAAUGCUAUACAGAGGCCGAGACUUGUUACGCAUCUGCAGGCGAACGCAAAGAAAAUCACAAGCGUCGCAUGUGGCUCCGCCCACACACUCGCAUGGUCGACUUCCCAAGCUGGCGGCGCUGGCGCGGGCGGCCGUUUACCUCCCACCCCUCCUUUGGAGUACGACCUGCUGCGGGACGUGCCCGCGAGAGCGCUGCACGGGCGAUUGCUGUUGCUUCACCAUUUCGCCGAAUUGGUAUGCCCUUGCAUCACGAUGUUCCCCAUCUCGGGUCUGGACAGUCUGCACGAGCUCAGGAGUAUAUUGGUGUACGGUAUCAAGGAGGCGACGUUUAGGAAGGUCGUGCAGGCUACCAUGGUAAGAGACAAGCACCACGGUCCUGUGAUUGAAUUAAACCGGCUACAAGUGAAACGCUCCAGGUCAAGAGGAGGAUUAGCAGGCGUCGAUGGCAUGAAAUCAGUAUUUGGCCAGAUGGUUUCCAAACUUCCUUUACUCACUUCUGAAACUCUUGCACUGCCUCAUCGAGUUUGGAAGGUGGAAUUUGUAGGUGAAAGCGUUGACGAUUGCGGAGGAGGCUACAGCGAAUCGAUCGCUGAAAUGUGCGACGAACUGCAAAACGGAUCAUUGCCUUUACUCAUACCCACACCGAACGGCAGGGAUGAAUCGGGAGCCAAUAGGGACUGCUUUAUCUUAAACCCUAGAGCCAAUAGCUGCUUGCAUUUGAAUAUGUUCAGGUUUCUGGGAGUACUGAUGGGGAUUGCAAUACGAACAGGGUCGCCUUUGAGUUUGAGCUUGGCAGAACCAGUUUGGAAGCAACUUUCAGGCAUGGAACUGACCCCAGCAGAUUUGACGGAAAUAGAUAGGGAAUACGUACCGGGACUGCUGUGCAUACGAGAUGCCGCACCUGAAGAACAAUUGUUCCAAAAUUUGGAAAUGCCGUUCUCGACACCCUCAGCUAGUGGAAUAGAUGUGCCUCUUAGUACUAGAUACAAGCGCAUCACUUACGAAAACCGGGUAGAAUAUGUUAGACUUGCAUUAAAUUUCAGAUUACAUGAAUUCGACGAACAAGUCAAAGCCGUAAGAGAUGGAAUGUCGCGAGUUGUUCCAGUUCCGCUUUUGUCUCUAUUCAGCGGUUAUGAGCUAGAAACGAUGGUUUGCGGUUCACCAGAUAUUCCACUGUCAUUACUAAAGUCCGUUGCAACAUAUAAAGGUAUUGACUACACUGCUCCACUCAUCCAGUGGUUCUGGGAAGUGAUGGAAGAGUUCACGAAUCAAGAACGAUCUUUAUUUCUGCGCUUUGUGUGGGGAAGGACGAGACUGCCAAGAACUAUAGCCGAUUUUAGAGGACGAGAUUUUGUCAUACAGAUUCUUGAUAAAUAUUCACCUCCCGAUCAUUUUCUGCCAGAAAGCUAUACCUGUUUCUUUUUGCUUAAGAUGCCUAGGUACUCUUGCAAGCAUGUACUGCAGCAGAAGCUGAAGUACGCCAUCCACUUCUGCAAAUCGAUCGACAAGGACGAGUACGCCCGAGUGGCGAUGGCAGGCGACCUGGCUGUUAGUUCUAGUUCUGACGCUGAAAGCGAUCCAGAAAUGGAUAGCAGCACUUAAAUGCCUACGACGUUUUUACGUACGCGUUGUCAACUUGUGUCAUGCCUUCACGCUACUUGUUGUUUCGUUGUUAUUAUAUCUUGUAUUGCUCAAUAAAGCGGAGCCUUCAAUGCGAUUGAGUGAUUAUAAUGAAUUACCUGGAGGAAUGUGGCAGUUCCAGUAUCGCAUAUACAUAUAUUUGUCUGCAUGUUACUUUGGGUCAGCUAUAUUUCAUAUCCUUUUGUAAAUCACAAAUUGAUUCAUUGAGGAAUUCUGAUACACUUGUAAUGAACAUAAGUUGUGAUCAUCACCAUCAAUCGUCUUCACUAUUUUUUAAUGUGUACUGUCUACAAAAUAUGUCCAUUCUGUCUGCUAUAGUUAUUUUUUUCUGUCACUAUCCCCCACUCAUCUUCGAAAUGCAUUUUAGUCCCUGUGAAACAUAUUAGUCGAAAGCUUAAUGGGAAAGCAAUGUUUCAUUUUUUAUAAGUUAAAAAAAGAUUUACACGUUUUUGUUAUCGAGCCACAUUUUUUCCAAAGCUGCUAGUUUUUGCUGUUGUUGGUAUUAAGAUUAACAUAUUGCACUUGAAGAUACUUAUCCAAGCCAAUUGACAACCAUGCCUGCGUGUAAAGUGUACGUACCGUGGCGCGGCGAACAACUUAUGCAUACAAGUUUGCUGUCGGUCGCAACGAGUCGGUCGCGGUCUUUAGGCGGCAGUGUUGUCACCUCUCGGACUGUAGCCGCAGGUCGUGGAAUUUCCUUUUCCGUCAAUGUCAAAUUCUGAGAAUAUGAUAUUCGAUUACGUUAAAAUUUGGCCUCGUAAUGUGUACGAGAGAGAAACGCGAGAAGCGUGCAAUAUGUAUGUUAGAAAUGGUGCGCCGGUGGCGACACGGCAAGCCUCGUCACUCGGGUUGCUAGGCAGCGAGGUGCCCCUAUCUCUUUCUAACACACGUAUUGCACGCUUCUCUCUCGUAAACAUUACGACGUCAGUGGUAUAUGGAAUAAUUACGAAGGCUGAGGGGUGGUCUUUCCUUGGAAGGUAGAUGUCAUGUUUAAGGAUAAAAAAAUUUAUUUGGCAGAAACAUGGAAUCAGUUUUUACGACAAUAUGGCUGUGACGAUGGAAAUUGUAAGGAAACGUCCAAGUACAGUAUAUAGACUAUGGUGAAUGGUAUUCAGCAGUUAUAAAUUUUAGAAUAUUGACCAGUUAUGUGCAAAAUUAGUUUUACUCAUCAAUUGAUCAUUACUGGCCCACUUAAUUUUAUGGUUUUACUGGAACUGUCAUGUUUAACGCGUUUGGUAUUUUGUUAUUUAGUAGUACUAUUUAGUCCAUUAAAACAUCAACAAUACUUAUUUGUAUAAUAUAUAUUAUUUUAUAUUCUUUAAAAUUUAGGUAUUAGUUUGUUUUAAUUUCUG